UGUAAGUCCGUUACAAAUAAAUUUACCUCACUUUUCCUUCGUGUAAAUUAUAUUUUCUUGGUAAAAACUUAUAGACUGUAAUUUAGGAUUUUAUUUCUAACGUAUAAAAGUAUUACCCAUAAUAAAUUGUAUAAAAAAAAAUGAUUUUAAUGUUUUACUCAGAAAUAUUGUAUUCUUUUUCCUCAAAACCGCUUCGCUAAAUUACAUGUUUUUUCUUGUGUGUGUGAAAAAAAUUGUAGAAUAAAGUAAUAAAGAUAUUAAAUAAUAGACUCGGAAAAAAAUUGCUUUAAAAACUUAAAAGUAAAACAAAAAUACAAAAGUGAAUAAUAAAAAAAAACUUUUACAUUUAGUUAUAAAAGAAAUACUCCUCACUAUGCAUUAUAAGCUCACAAUAAAUAGAGUUGCUGCAAUUCUGAGAUUCGAUGGGAUUUGGCCUGUAGAAACGACGAUUACAAGUUUUAGAUUUUUAAAUUCAAUUUUCCGUUUGUUCAACCUCACCAUAAUUGUGUUAUUAACAUUGAUUAUGUCAGCCGAUGCAAUCGCUAACAUCAAUGAGAUAUCACUUAUUACAGAUAAUUUAUGUUUCUUGAUCGGAUGUUUCGAAGCAUUAGCGAAGGGAUUUAAAUUUUGCAUUGAAUAUAAAAAUAUCAAGAAACUUAUAAACGAUAUUUAUGAACCGAUAGAUAUAAUUAAGAAAAAAAACAAUGCUCAAGUUAUGGAAUGGAUUACUGAGAUAGCGGAUUUUGAAAAUCGACAAUUUUUGACAAUCUUUGGAAUAGUUAUAUUAUUAGUAUUAGCACGAAUUUUUAGUGCUGACAUUAAAAACCGAGAAUUUCCAGUACGUAUUUUUGUUCCGUUUGAUGCAUCAGAGUCACCUUAUUAUCAUUUAAUGUAUGUCGCAAUAUCUUAUGGUAUUUUACUUGUCGACUACUCACUUUUCGGAGUUGAUAUCAUGGUCAUUGUAAUAAUGAGAUAUCUGACUGUCCAAUUAGAAAUAUUAAAAGUAAAUUGCAGAUAUUGUCGCAGUGAUUCUACUAAACGUGCUAUCAAUUUGUCAUCAGAUAAGAAUUCAACAAUAUUUAAACGUAGUGCAAUAACCAACGCUUUUGACGAUGACGAUAGUAAUGAAGCCAACGGAAUAAAUGAAUUCGUAAAGUUUGAAGCGCAAGAGAAGAAUGUGUACGACGAAGAUACCUUUGAUUGGAGGUUUAAACACUGCAUUACACAACAUCAGAAGAUAAUUGAUAUGUUAGAUGUAGCCAACGAGUGCUUCAGUUUUUGUGUAGUUGUUCAAAUUAUGGCCAGCACUGUAUUAGUAUGUUUGAAUGGAUUUCAAAUAAUUUUAAGUUAUGAUAAUUUUCAUCUGCUACUAAGAAGAAUUUUGGCAAUCAUAGUCGUUCUACUUCAACUCCUUGUUUGGUGCUGGUAUGGAAACAAUUUGAGCGCAGCAGCAGAGUCAUUAACAAUUAAUCUGUGGAUGUGCGGUUGGGAAAAUGAACACAAGCAUGGAAUACGUAAUACAGUAUCAAUACCAAUGAUACUGUCGUUACAGUCAUUAGAACUCCGUGCAGUUGGUGUUGUUCCUUUGUCACUACAAACAUUUGUUUCUGCAAUUAAAACGUCAUACUCAGUAUUAGUACUACUACUUACGGUUGCCAAGGAUCAGUAAUCUAUUCCUUCAUACUUCAUACACAAACGUGACACUAAAAACAGAUUAGGUGAUGUAUGAAAGUAAUUGUACACCUCGAACGAAGCCGGAAGGUUGGAUUUUACUAUUGAUUUGUCAAGAUUCAGUGAAUUAUAUUAAAUUAUGUUUGUUAUUUUUAUGCUGCCCUAACACGUUAUUAAAUGCACAUAAAUGUUAAAAUGAAAUACUAAUGAACAAGCUCGUUGCUUUUAUUGAGUAGUGCAAUACGUAUUAUUAAA